CUGGUCGUUAGAGAGGACACUCGAAAAAAAUUCAAAAACCGAGAUCAAAUCGUUUACGUUUGGAGUUGAUAUAUUCCAGACGAGAUUGAACCUCCACAGUAUUACAAACUGCAAGGAUUAAUACAGGUCGAUAGAUAUCCUAUCCUUAUUACUGAAGACUGAGAAACUUUCCCACUGAGAUUUGGCUAAUUUUUACAGAUUCCUGAAGCACACUAGCAGAAACCAGACCUCAAUAUGACUAAAACCGUUCUAUGAAAAAGUAGCCACAGUACCAACAAAACUAAUAAUUCACUGUUUCUACAACAAAGUUUGAUGUUUGAAUCCUAUUCUACCGUUUAUUUCGAAGGCGGCAGUACAAAUGACUCUCCAAAGUGGAAUACACGCUGACCCAUAUGAAACAUCUAAACUAGCAGACUGUAAAAGCCUUUCGUAUAGAGCCGUAAAGCUCAUCAUAGAUAAAGAAAAAAUAGUAUUACUUAUGAAAAUACCAUCUAAAGGUUCUUGGGAAGAUGAUUUUGAUGUUGUGAUGGGGAAGCUUUUAGAUGCCAGCUCUCCGUGCUAUGUGUUUUAUCGCCUGGAUUCCUUCAACUCCUUUGGAAGCGACUGGAUCUUUAUAUGUUAUGUUCCUGAAAGUUCUGACGUGCGUCUAAAAACGAUAUAUGCAGCCACUAAGGCAACUGUUCUUAAGCAGUUUGGAGAUAACCUUAUUAAAGACGAUAUAACAAUAAACUGUGUGGGUGAAAUGAACUUAAGGGCCUAUAAAAAAAUUAUGGAAAGUAAAACUGCCCCUGGACCUUACACUGCAGCUGAAAUUGAGGUGGCUGGCAUCCACACAGGAGAAGUGACCACUGGACUGCAUUCCAGCUAUCAAACAAUCGGUGGUGUUUCAUUCGCGCUUAGUCCUGAUUCUCGCUCUGUGUUAAAGAAAUUUAGUUCGGGAGAGUGUGAUUACGUUCAGUUAAAAUGUGAUAUCCUUAGUGAAACCAUCAAAGUUUGCGGGACUCGUGAACAUAUUACGCCAAAACAAAUAGCAGAAAUUUGUCCAAAACAGGAAGGUCGUUAUCAUCUUUUCCGUUUCCGUUAUAUGUGUGGAGGUGAAGAACAUUCUGCUACCUUUUUUAUUCACACGAUUUCUGGCAAUCAAAGCCCAGUAAAAAGCCGAAUGUUGUAUUCUAGUUGCAAGGCAGCCUUACUAACUCGGUUGGAGCGUGAAUUUCAAAUAACCUUUGAUCAUAGAUUUGAAAUUGAUGAAAUCGAUGAACUAACUACACAAUAUUUAAUGGAUAUUUUAUUUCCUAAACAAGAAGAAAAACAGUUUAUAUUUCAAAAACCCCAAGGUCCUAUGGGACGUCGUCCUAGAACACAUAUACAUUAAUAUAUAUAUUUUAAUUUUGUCAUUAAUAAUUAUAACAUAUUCUUAUAAUUAUUACUGUUUCAUUGCCUUCUAUUUCAUUGAUUUAUUCAUUUCAGAAUAUAUUGAUAUACAUACUUUUUCGAUUUGAUAAUUAUCCAAUUUUUCAUUUUUAUAUUUCUGUUAAAUUGAAAGUGUGUGAAAGGAUUAACUUGACUGCUAAAUCUGUAUAUCGUAUAUAUAUAUAUAUAUAUAUAUAUAUAUAUAUAUAUAUAUAUAUAUAUAUAUAUAUAU